GGCGCCAUCUUGGGAAAGGGCAGCCCCCGCCCCGCGCCCCUGGCGCUGCGGGAGGACGCGGGGCGAUGGCGGCGGCCGCGGCCAUGGCCGCGCUGGGUCGGAGCCUCCCGGCCGCGCUCCGCUUGCCCCGAGCUCGGCCGGGACUCCCCGGGAUGGCACUGAAUUUGUACCACAAGAACCUACCAAAAAUUGAGACCCUCCAUCAGGUGAAGUUCCUGCACACAACUGUGUCUCGGAGAGGCCUGGAGGAGUUUUUUGAUGAUCCAGGAAACUGGGGGGAAAAAAGUGUAAAGUCUGGGGAUUCAUGGAAUAUAAAGCAGCUAAGGGGCAAGAGUAGUGAAGACUUGCACAAACUUUGGUAUGUCCUGCUGAAAGAAAAGAAUAUGCUCUUAACUUUAGAGCAAGAAUCCAAACGACAGCGCAAGGCUAUGCCAAGUCCAGAACGCUUAGAAAAGGUAGAAACAUCUAUGAAAAAUAUAGACUUGGUUGUCAGAGAAAGAGAAAUUGCUUUGAGGCUUUUACAAACGGGCCAUGAAAAGCCAGUCCCUGGCGAGUGGAGACACGACUUCCUGGGACGCACCUUCUGGUACAGUUACAAGGAAUGGCCAAUACCAUGGCACUUGAACAAAAAGCACAAAAAGAAGAGAUUCUAUUACUUACCUCAUGUGAAUCACUUCAUCAGACUCAGACUUGAGAAAGCCUUACGGAAAAGGGCAAGGCAGCAAAGCCUGGAGAGGACAAGGCGGAAGGUCUUGGAAAGGAAGUUUCCUGAUGUUGCUGUGAAAGCCCAGAGCCAGUAGCAGGAUGGAAGAGCACUGCAAGCAACUGGUCGAGUGUCUGUGGAACAUGAAUCAUGUUCUGGAUCCACAAACAACUCCACUGAGCAUUCCAGAGAGUCUCCAUCUUUUUCUGUUUUUAAUACCACAUUUGACUUUAAUUAAACUUGUGAUCUGGAAUUAAAAA